AUGAAUUUACCGGAGAUAAAACCUUAUGAGGAGCAGGCGAUAGACACAGUGGUCUCGGUGAUAAAUAGAGCCAAAGAAUUGCUAGGAAUUCGACAGACGUUAAAGCAGCUUGCUAAAACGAGAGAACAUUUCUCCCCGCGAGCUAUUGUGCAUACUACGAAUCUGAAAUGUCCUCUUGUAAAGAGUGGAGAAGAGCUCAUUAGGCAUGCUAUCGAAAAAGACUGGAAGAUAACAGAGAUCCUUAUGUAUACUCUUAUUUAUAUAGGAGGUUCUCAAGACGAAUGUUCACAGUACUAUUACUUUGAAGUGAUAUUUAGCCAGCCGAGUCUCGCGUACCCAAUUCCUCAGUCGACGGCCUCCGUGUUCUUCAGAAUAGAAGAUAAGCACGUAGAGGCAGCGGAAAACAAACCUGCUCCUGUGAUGACAUUCCGGGUUGAAGGACAUCGCCUAGACCACGACAUACGUCAUACGAUCCUCCCCGCAGACUGGUUACUUGGAGUUAUUAAAAUGAAGGCAAACCUCUUUGAGAGAAUCGAACAUUUACAGCUUUUUUAA